AAUAUACUUUCUGUUUUAGAUAUGAUUUUGAAAAAACUCCUCUCAUGUCCACAUACUUAGUAGCCAUAGUGAUAGGUGAGUAUGACUUUGUAGAAGACACAUCAAGUGAUGGGGUUUUAGUAAGAGUAUACACACCCAGAGGAAAAAAGGAACAAGGAAAUUUUGCUCUUCGAGUGGCCACAAAAGUGUUACCAUAUUACAAGGAAUACUUUAACAUAGCUUAUCCUUUACCCAAAAUUGAUUUGGUUGCUAUUGCGGAUUUUUGUGCAGGUGCCAUGGAAAACUGGGGCCUUGUAACUUAUAGAGAAACCUGCCUUUUAGUAGAUCCACAAAAUUCAUCAGCUGUAAGUAAACAAUGGAUAGCACUUGUGGUUGGACAUGAGCUUGCGCAUCAGUGGUUUGGGAAUUUGGUUACAAUGGAAUGGUGGACCCAUUUAUGGCUUAAUGAAGGCUAUGCAUCAUUUGUGGAAUUCUUAUGUGUCAACUUCCUCUUUCCAGAAUAUGACAUAUGGACACAGUUUGUUAAUGACUCUCAUAUAAAAGCUCUUGAAUUGGAUAGCCUGAAAAACUCUCAUCCCAUCGAAGUACCUGUUGGUAAUCCAGCUGAAAUUGAUGAAAUUUUUGAUGAUAUAAGUUAUCACAAGGGAGCAUCUGUAAUUAGAAUGAUACACCAUUUUAUUGGUGAUGAUGAUUUCAGAAAAGGAAUGCAUUUGUACCUGGUCAAACAUCAAUAUAAUAAUACAUUCACUGAGGACCUUUGGGCUGCACUGACUGAAGCAAGUAGUAAACCAAUAGCGGAAAUUAUGUCGACUUGGACCACACAACUGGGAUUUCCAGUAGUUAAAGUAACAAGCCGGCCAGCAGAGGGUGACAAAGGUGUCAUUUUAACACUUACUCAGAAAAAAUUCACAGCAGAUGGCACAGAUGAGAAUGAAAACCACUUCUGGAUGAUACCACUUUCCAUAUCUACCUCUAAAAACCCUUCCAAAGAAGCAAAGACCAUAGUUCUCAAAACUCCAAGUGCUGAAAUUUUUGUACCCGGAGUUGAGCCAUCUGAUUGGAUCAAACUCAAUCCUGGCACCAUUGGUUUUUACAGAUCUCAAUACACAUCGAGCAUGUUGGAAAAAUUCAUACCUGCCAUUCAAAAUAGGUCUCUUCCUCCAUUGGAUAGACUAGGACUUUCGGAUGAUCUCUUUGCUAUGGUGAAAGCUGGCCAUAAUAGUACUGUUGAAGUACUUAAAUUGCUUAAGGCUUAUGAAAAUGAACCAGAUUAUAAUGUAUGGACUUCAAUCAAUAACAUACUUGGUAGAAUUGGCCAACUUUUAGGACAUACUGAUUAUGAAUCGGAUUAUAAGCGGUAUCAAAGGCAACUUCUGAGUAAAUUAUAUCAGAGGCUUGGUUGGAAUCAGAAACCAGGUGAAUCUCACCUGCACAAGUUGCUCAGAGGUUUAGUUUUGGGUCGAUUUGUUUGGCUAGAUGACAAAGAUUCAAUAUUAGAAGCACAAACCAGAUUUUCGUCUCAUCUGAAGUCUGAGCAAAUCUUGUCAGCUGACGUCCGUAGUGCUUGUUAUAAGACUGUUCUUAGAGCAGGAGGUGAAGAAGAGUAUCACAAAUUAUUGGAAUUAUACAGAUCCACAGAUUUGCAUGAGGAAAAGGAUAGAAUAAGUCGAUCUCUUGGAGCCGCCAAACAUCCAGAGUUGUUGCAGAAAGUUCUUGAAUUUGCUAUGUCGGUAAGUUUUUGCCAAUCAAAAGUUAGGAAUUCAAAUAGAAGAUCGAGGGACGAAUGAAAAUGAAUUAUAAAU